GGGCGGGACGCUGCUGUGGCCUGGAGAGUCCUGUCAACACUGACGAGAGUAUCAGCUGCAUUUCUACCGGGUUUAAAACGAAACCAGGUUCUUCGGAUGUCCAAGUACAAACUGUUCUUGCUGAGGCAUGGAGAGGGGGCCUGGAACAAGGAGAACCGCUUCUGCAGCUGGGUGGACCAGAAGCUUAGUGAGGAUGGAGUGAAAGAAGCCCAGGAUUGUGGCAAGCUUCUGAAGGAGCAGGGCUACAAGUUUGACUUGGUGUUCACCUCCAUACUCAGCCGCUCCAUCCAGACAGCAUGGCUGGUGUUGGAGGCAAUGGGCCAGGAGUGGGUCCCAGUUGUAAAGUCCUGGAGGCUUAAUGAACGCCACUAUGGGGCCCUGAUCGGACUCAACAGGGCUGAAAUGGCUCUGCAGCAUGGAGAGGAAAAGGUCAAGCUGUGGCGAAGGAGCUAUGACAUCACUCCACCACUGAUUGAUGAAUCCCACCCUUACUAUUUGGAGAUCUACAAUGAUCGCAGAUACACCACAUGUGAUGUGCCGAAGGAGAAUCUCCCCCGAGCAGAGAGCCUGAAAGAAGUUCUGGACAGGCUGCUGCCAUAUUGGAACAGCACUGUGGUUCCAGAGAUACAGAAAGGCAAAACUGUGCUGAUUUCAGCUCAUGGAAACAGCUGCAGGGCCCUCCUCAAACACUUGGAAGGUAUUUCAGAUGAGGAGAUCGCCAAAGUGACUUUACCAACGGGGAUACCUGUGCUCCUCGAGCUGGACGGGAACCUCAAACCGGUGAAACCUCGACAGCUGCUGGGAGACCAGGCUAAGAUUCAGGCAGCCAUUAAAAAGGUGGAGGACCAGGGCAAAGCCAAACAAGCAACUUGACUACAAGCACACUGUUCUCCCCACCUGUUUGCUGGAUUAUUACAUCCAGUGUAACCCAAAGUCUUAAGCAGAUUUGAUUUGUUUUGCAUAACGAGAGCCAAUAACAACAAUUGCAGUUGUUAGAUUUUUAAAGAAUAGGUCUAAAUGUUUCAGAUACGGUUCAACAUAUGGGAGUUUUGGCUUCAGCAGGAUAUAGUAUCUAAACACUGGAGAUCUGGCAGAUCAGGAAAAACAUGUACUCUGUGUUUUAGGAGGCUGUUGUACUGUGUUUUGUGUGUAAAUGUUGAGGAAAACACUGUUCUUUUCUUAUAUGCGUUUAACCAUAUUAUUUAUUUACUCAUAACAGCAAUUUGCAGAAGCUAAUAAAGCUAGAAACACAAAUCAUAAAGCUGUUAUUAGUCAUUAUAAAAUGUUUUCCUGUUACAUUAGGACUAUUUUAGAUGCUCUACAGGUUUGUUACAGUUUUUUCUUACAUUUACUGGAUAAAUUAAUACAGUAAUAAAAUGUACCUCAUGAAAAUGAAAAGUUAGCUCACUCUCUCCAGUAUAUUUUUAAAUAUGAGCCACAUGCAUACUGUAGCAAAGCAAAUAAAUCCCUCAUAUGCUUGAAAUAUACUUUUUAUUUAAAAAAAUGUCAUAUCUGAUAAAAUGAAAGUGAGGAUUGCAGCUCAAGGUGAAGCUAUGACCACCAGUUCUGCACUUUUAGUGAGACUAUUUUUAAGUAUGCGCUACUCUACUGAAACAUUGUGCUAACUAGUAAAGGAUUAUUUUGUGCAGCUAUAAAAAAAAAUAUGGUACAAACUGCAAAUUCAUUGUGAUAAAGUAAAAUAGUUGCAGUGGUUCCUGAACUUGUCUUGCUGACCCUUUCUUUGGUUUACAAGAAAGUUUCCUGUCGUUUCAUUUCUACCAGUCCCCCCAUGUUGUGUUAUGGUUAUUGUUUUAUGAUCUAAUUUGUGCAAUACCUGUGUUUUCCUGUUAUGUUUGCCAUCGCUGGUAUUUUGUGCAACGGCUUUUCAUGACAGUAAAUGGACAAAUACUUGAAGGUAAACAACACUGAUAUUUGCCAUUGUCUUCAACCCCAAUAGUUUUCACUUGAAAUGUUGCUAUAUAAUAUAA